AUGGGCGAAGGACAUUCCUGGUGGGGCCAUAUGGGUGGGCCCGUCCAACGCGGAGUUGUAACAUACUCUAUCUCGCCUUACCAACAACGUGCCUUUGCUGGUGCAUUAAAGCACGGCAUCUUCAACACAUACAGACGCGUUGCUUCUCAGUCAUUAUAUAUUGGUAUUCCGUUUGUUCUUGGAUACUUUAUAUACACAGAAGGCAAGAAAAAGCAUGAAUACUACCAUACCAAAGCUGGUAUAGCCGAAAUGGAUGAUGAUAUACGAACCAAAGAUCCUCUUUCACAUUAUACAUUCACGCUGUACUUGUCCGUCUCAAUUAAAUAA